AUGGCUCCGCCUGCGGCGUACCGCCAGUCCUCUGCCUCAGAUCUUCGCCGCUCCGAAUCGAAUCGCUCAGCCGGCACGACCAACGGAAGCGCUUCCAGCUAUGUUGCCCUUCUCCGAAAACAAAAGGCCACGGUCUGGUGCGACCGGGCCCAGUACGAGGAUCCACGACUUGCCGCGCAGCAGCGUGCUGCCAAACAACGAGCGAACCUCGAGGUUGUCGGUGGUCGUCCCCAAGGCGGCCAUGGUGGCAGCCGCAGUAACACUGGUAUCAGCACAACCAACAAGGUCGCUGCGAAAAUCCGACACCACGGCAAGCAGCCCGUCGUGAGUCUUACGCCCGGCGAGAACCACGUCGGUGUUGGUGGCGUGCCCCUGCGAUUGAGUGCCACCGAGGUUGAGGGCGAGAGCAGUGACGACGACAAGAUGCCUGCACCUUCGAAACUGCACCACCGCAGAACGGGGAGCAGUGGACGGAGCAGCAACGCUAGUGGCCGCCGUGGUCUGGCGUACCGGAAUUCUGGUGGUCGAGGCAGCAUCAACAGCAGAAAUAGUCAAAAUUGGACACCAGGUGACACGCCCGAGCGAUCUGGGAGUCUUGUAGACCUCCCGUCACAGCAGCAGCAACAGCAACCGCAACACGGAGAGGCGGCAGGUGCUGACGAUCGUGCCAGUACUAAAACCAAAAGCACAAACAGCGCGGAGACCGAGGCAGAGAAGGCCGACAAUGUUGGUGAGCUGGGCAAUGCGCCUCGCCUUGCCAGUAACUCAUUGCUACAUUCUGCCCUCACUCGUGAGAAGAGUGUUAAGAACCCCGAGGAGCUGAAGAGAAGGGGCAGUGUGGACGAACGAACGGCGACUCUUACCAGCCAACGUCUAUACAUCGCCAACCCCGACUAG